AUGAAUCCAGUGUCAGCGCACAAUAGUAGUGAAUUAAAGGCUACAACACCCUAUUCCAAUGUGCCAACUACUUCGUCUAGUUCCCAGGAUUUAAUAACAGCAGCAAGCCAACAACAACCACAACAGCCAAGAACAUCUUACACCGGUACACCAACCGCUUCAUCAGCUAGCUCUUUUACCCCCCUUGCCAAUGUGGAUGCUACUGCAAUAGGCAGCAGAGGCAAUGGCUCAGACUUUAGCGAAUACUUUAAUCACUUUAAUGGCCUCCACACCAAUAUCAACACCUCCUCCUCCUUUUCCUCCUCUUUAAUGUUGGAUGGCGAUCAUUAUAGCAGUGCAGCUCGUCUCCCCAUGAGUAGUGGAAUAUCCGUAGUACCACCAGGGGCGCCUCAUAUGCCCACCGCUUAUGUGAAUUCCUCCCACUUCCCCACGCAUGGAUUAACUAGCAAGUUGCCCGAAUUACAGUUUCCUAAUGCUGGAACUACUGGGGUUGGCCAUCCACAGUCUGGUAUGCCACCUGGAUCCAUGGAGAUGGCCUACUCGGCGCCACACAUGAUGGGCGUUUUGGCCUCAUCACCGCACGCUAGUAUUAUCUCUCCGGCCUAUUCGCCUUGUUCAGUCACUACACAGGGUAGUGGUGGUGGUGCUGGUCCUGGUAGUGGAAAUAAUAAAAGGUCGCUUGGUGCUUGUGCAAAUGUUUCUAUUGAUGCGGACAAUAAACCUGGAGCUUUCAAGGCACGCUCGAAAAAGGAGAGUCACAAUCGAAGUGCGUUUUCCCCUUUUCUCAUUUAUUCAUCUAUUGCUGCCUUUUUAUCAUGUACAUAUCCUAGGUGUCUUAUUUUCGCUUUAAAAUUGUUUAUUUUAAUGGUCAUACUUUAUGAGUCUUCUAAUAUUGAUUAA